AGAGAGAGAGAUGCGCAACUGAAGCUUUCUUUCAUGUGCGUGUGAAACCAGAAACAACAACAUCACCGUCUGCAGUGUAAAGAAAACAUGCAUUGCUCUCCUUUCAUCUUCACAUUGGUUUAUUUUUCUGAUAUUUUGGGGAAUUUUAUAACUUGGGGUGAUCAAUAUAGUCUGGAGUGUCUCAGUAAUUAUUUAUCCAAUAUCACCUGCUCUCUGAACAUCUCGGCUGAGUCUCUGGCCAAUGAAUCGUCCUACUGGCUGCAGUUCAGCUCAUAUGAGGAACGCUAUGACUGCACACUGAAGAUGGGAGAGCAGUCAUUAUUAUGCGAGUUGGAUUUAUCACAGCAUUUGAUUUUCACCGAUGUAGACAGCUACAGCAUCUCCCUUCAUUCUGGUUACUAUGGCAACAACUUCUCCGUCGUACUAGAUGCUGACUUCAUGCCUCAUGAACACAUUCGCCCUGUCCCUCCGUUUAACCUGACGCUUCUCCGGGAGAAAAACAGGGUGCUAUUCCAGUGGCAGAGCGGAUAUGAUGAAGACAGUUUCCUCAUACCCCACCUACAGUACCAGCUCAGCAUUUACAGCCAAAACAAGGUUCAGCUGUAUGAGGUAGAAACUGUUGACCAGAAGAUGUAUGUGGACGAGUCUAGAUUUGAGCCUCACACCAAUUACACAGUGCGUGUGAGAUCGCGGCCAAAUCAAGUGCGUUAUAUAGGCGUGUGGAGUCUGUGGGCCCCUGCGUCACACUGGAGAUCAGGGGACAUUCACAGUGAGUCUGUUUACAGAGCACUCAAAGAAGAGACUCCAGGAGGAUCUUUCCAGAGUUACCAAUAUCUACUGCUGUUGCCAUUGCUGCUUGUCCUUCUGACCUGUAUCCCAUACUCCAGAUGGAGGAAGAAUGAUUAUAUACCAUCACCAGCACCUUAUUUCAGAGACUGGAAAGGAGAUGUUCAGGUCUGUUCAGUGCUGUCCGGUAAGAUGCGAGAUAUAAUGCAGGGGGAGGAGUCUCUCGAGAUUAACAUUCUGACAGAGAGCACAGACACGCCCUCUCGACCCACCAGCUUAGACUAUGAGAAGAUGGGAGAGAUCGACGAACAUGAGUCUCCCAGCAUGCCGCAGUCUCCUGUGGGGUCAGAGGUCGACUCGGGCUGCUGGAUUCGUGAUUUUAUCACAACCGAGAGAGGAAGCAUCACAUGCAGUGAGGACUACUGCACACUCUCCACUUCACACACUUUUGCGUUCUAACAUGUGCAUGCAUGCUACUGUUCAGUUUGGGGUCAAUGAGCAUCAAAUCAGCAUAUUAGAAUGAUUUCUGAAGGAUCACGUGACACUGAAGACUGAAGUAAUAAUGCUGAAAAUUCAGCUUUGCAUCACAGGAAUAAAUUUUAAAGUAUAUUCAAAUAGAAAAUAGUUAUUUUAAAUUGUAAUAAUAUCUCAGAAUAUUAUAGCAUUUAUUGUAUUUUUAUUAAAAAAAAAAAAAGCAGCCUUGCUAAGCAUAUAUUUUUUUAAAAACAUUUCAAAAUCUUACUGACCCCCUUUUGAAUGGUAGUGUACAUGGCACAAGUUUUGAAACAAAGUUAAAUAUGAGCAAUAAUGAAUGUAUUUUAAUUUUCUUGUAUUACAUAAUGUGCUAAUAUACUACAUGUGCUUUUGCACUUUAAACAAAAGCAUAAAAAUAAAUGCAGGUAAUGCAUGUAUAGAUGCUAUUUCUUUAAAUAAGCAAAUCCUGCUAAAAUGAACCACAAUAUAGUUUAAUUGCCACAAAUUACAUAAAUGAGUGAACAGUAAAUAGUUUUCAUUUUUGUAAUGUACUUACAAUGUAUUUGUAUUGUUUUUUUAACUACCAGUCAAAAGUUUUUUAAAGUUUUUUUUUUUUAAAAGAAGUCUUUUCUGCUCUCCAAGCCUGCAUUUAAAUAGUAAAAUUGUUAAAUAUUU